AGAUUUUUCACAUCCACAGUUUUGUGCGAGAGCUGUCCGUGUUAACAAGGCAAUUUGUAUUUGGGCUGCAAAGGACAUAAAAAAGAAGAAAAAAAAAACAGACUGCAGACCCUUUACGUAAUCGCAAUCAGAAAGGAAACGUGAUACUAUAAAUGGUGCAAACUUUUGGCCCCUUUUCAUUUAGUGCAGUUAAUUCCCAUCGCUUGAUGCGAUGUGAUUCCGAUACGGUGCAAACCUCCAAUGGGAGGAAUUAUGUGGCAAUAAAGUAAACAUGUAUAGGGAGUGGUCGAAUCACUGAGUAUUAAGCUACUAUGGCGUUGGUUUAGAUAAUUUCGACCUCGGAUCUGGAGAGCUCUGGUGUGGCUGGAUGUGCUGUGUACAGUGAAGCAGAAGAAUUUCGAUUGUGUUUUGAUAUUUGUACACAGAAUAGCGAAAAUCUGUCCUAAUGACGGGGAGCUUUCGGAUACAACUAAUCAAUAUGAAUACCCGAAAUGCAGCUUUUCAAGCAAAGUUGCGGUGUCUACACGAUUUCCACGUCCGACUAUUGGCAAACCAAGCACCGGGACCAACCGGAUCGGAAGUUGCCAACACUAUCAAAUACUUUUCCCAAACUUUACUAACCGUAUUGAAAGAUGUUCCCUGUUCACCGUUGGAAAUGAUUAAAGACCCAUCAUUGGAUCAAAUUCGCAUGUCCAGCUAUCCUAACUUGGAGUAUCAAAACCUCUACAAUGCACUUACCAUGCUAUUAGAUGUGGCGUCCAACAUCCAGUCUGGGUUGCACCUUUUUGGAAAGGCGUUUCUUCAGUGUUUGGGAUGCAUACUGCCCUUUCUUGAUAGAGAUCUUAUCGACAAUCUUCCCUAUCUAACUGCAUCUAGCAUAUCUGUCCUGCCACCAUCACUGCACCAGGAUAUCAUCAACUAUCUCUGUUACUAUAUUCUUCCGUUUACCAUCACGCGCCAAAGUGACGACGAUCAGGAAUGCCACGCGUGCCAAUCGGUAUCGGCCGUCAUAAUGCUAGUGUUCCAGUACUCCACCAAUCCAGCCCACCAUUGUCAGCUACUUGAAUGUUUGAUGCGAUUGAAGCACAACGUCGCCAAAGACCUUCUGUGUGUGAUUGGGUAUGGAACGGCGAUGUCGCGCGCGUCUGCCGCCAAGCUGCUCUUUUACUACUGGCCCGCCUUCGAUCCGAACCUGUUCGAUCGGAAGGGUCUGCUCUGCAAGUUCACCAACGAUCUGGUGCCAUUCGUCUGCCAGCGAGAAUCGUGCCCGAACGCGGGCAAUGCAGAGGCUGUGAAAGUGUGCUACGACCACUGCAUCAGCAUUCUGUACGCGUCGGAUGCGCCACCGCCACUGUAUCUGUGCAUCGAGUGCGCCAACGAGAUACAUCGCGAUCAUCGGAAUCUUACUUUCGGCGACAUUUUACAUCCGAUGCAGCAGGUAUCGAUGGUGUGCGAGAACAAAAAUUGCCGCUCGCACGAGAAAUCUGCUGUAUCGAUCUGCUUUUCAAACGAGUGUGCCAGCUACAAUGGCAACCAUCCAAUACGUUACUGUCUGCAGUGUCACGGCAAUCGGCACAAUAGCCGCCGUGGCAUCGAUCACAUCGUUCAUCGGAGCCUGCCACCGAUGAUGAUGAUGGAUGCCGAGAUGCAAACGUAUCUGGUGGAGUCUGUAAUCAGUCUUCUGCGCGAAGCGAAACCCCUUAACGUGGACUUUCGCAAGGACUCGUCAAUGAUGGAAACAAAAGGCAAUGCUUCCGGACAGAAUGGAGGUGGUGAGCAACAGGUCGACUAUUUGACGCUCGAGGAGCGCCAACUGCUUGGACGGUACGGCAUAUGGCUACUGGUGGGGCGCUGCACACCAACGGUCGAUACGCCGGUGGAAAUUUUGGGCCGACUGUUGUCAAUGCUCUUCCACUGGUUCCACGUGACUGCAUACUCAUACGAUGGGCAAACAGAGAGUACGCUGGAAAAGUUGAAGCAAGAUCACAUAUGCAGCUGGCUAAAGGAAGUACGCAUCAGCCACUACAAAGAGUUUAUUGAUUGCUUGCUACCCCAUCCACCCGAGUACUCCCGCGUCGGAGGACACUGGGAUUCGUUAGCUUCGCGAACGUCCCAUCUGAAGGAGGGUCUACAGCGGUUGAUUUGUUUGAUACCGUACGAAAUCAUUACGCAGGAGAUCUGGGACACGGUAAUGCCGCACUGGAUGGAAGCAAUUACGAACGAUGUCCCGGAAAAAGAGCUGAUCGAGCUGAAGAUCGUACUGAACAAGAUACUGGAUGCGGAAAUGUCACCGCUUGGGUUUGACGCUAGAGCUAUGUACAAUUUCGUAGCAAUACGGUUCGAGAAGACGACUGCCAAGGUGCAGCAGCAGGCGCUCUAUUGGUUGCAGAAUUUGACCAAGUUGGAGAUUGUCAUUCCGUUACCGCAGCUCUUUGCGAUGUUUGGCGACGGCGUACGUAUCAUGAAGCAUGGAGUACAGGCAGAAAUAAACAAAUCCAAGGAUUCCAGCCGUGGUGGAUCGAGCGGUGGAAGCGGUACCAAAUUCGCCAAAGAAAGAGAGUUACAACCACCUAGACGUAGUUCCAUUUCUCCCGUGGUCGAGGAUGAAUCUGGCAACACAUCGGCUAUUUCUGACGACGAAGUGCCCAUGAGCAAGUGCAUGGAGUUUUCGACCGAUGCCGAACACAAUCUCACAUGUUGUGUACUGAUGUUAGAUAUUCUGUUGCGCCAGAUGGAGCUUCAGGAAAUUGAGAUGCAUUCGGGCAUUUACACGACCGUGGCCGACAACGUUUGCCGUUUGCUAAAGUGCAUGGUAACAGCUGCUAAUGUGGGCAUGGGCAAUCACAGCUGCCGGCUGAUGGAUUGCGCAUACUGCGAAACUUCUGUCAUGUGGCAUCAGCUUUCGACCAAGCUGGUUCAAUAUCUAGCACCGGUAAAUCCUGUUAACCCGCCCGAUCCUCCGAUGCAGAUGGUGAUAGAUGAUGAAAAAACGCGCAAGAGCCCACCAGAAUUGGAAAAGGAAGCUAAAUCAAACGAACGUGACAUGUCUCUUUCGAUGGCGCCUUUACACAUACCGCUUGGGCCAUUAGUCAUGCCUUCUAUUCUUGAUGAUGCCGGAAAAGUCAUUAUAAUGGCAGGUCCAGUACCGGUAGCAGUUCCACAGCCGGAACCUCACUCGGUUGGUGGUGUAUUAGUACAUAUGCCGCAUGUUUGUUCUAUCAUGACCGCCACGGUGGAAACAGUCUCGGAACAAUUAGACCUGGCUGCAAUAAUACCUUCGGAAAAGGUGGUACCGGCGGUGGCACGAUCUGUUACGUUGUCCGAAGCCGACGUCGCUACUGCUACGGUGCAGAUUGCGAAACCGAAUGUGAUUGGCGAAAGCAGCUCUGAAGGUGGCGGCCUUGAUUCGGAAAAUCUAGACGGAUCCCAUCCAUUCGAUGGAGACGAGGAGUUUUGGCACACAUCGGUUGGAAAAUUCAAGUUUUCCAUCGACGCUCUGCCUCAGUCUUUACAGUUCAUCUAUCAACUGUUGAAGGAAAUCCCAAACAUCGACAAAGCUGAUAUACUAUACUACGUACUGCAAUGCCUGAACGUGAUGGUCCUGCAUGGCGAUGCUUUCGUAAAGGCCGCUCGAGAUAAUCGGGGAUUCUUCAUUUGGUGUCAAGAGAAUAUGCUAAUCAAAAACUUGUGGGACCUGUGCACCGCUGCUCAGUCGCACAUUUGCCAAGUAACUGUGCCAACUUUGCUGCACUGCAUCACGCUUCCAAUGGGAUCAGAUGUAUUUUGGAAAGUAAUCCAGGAAGCAUUUCAUGACGCCGAUUGGAGAGUUCGGUUUGAGGCGGUAGAGCGUGUUACUGUGAUCACUCGAUUCAUGGACAGCACUCCUCUUCGGGCCGAGGUCAGCCUACAAACAUCGCUAGCCACUGCGUUUUGCCAUCUAAUUGCGGCGUGCGAUGAUAUCAACGUGCACGUGGCUCAACGUGCAACCUUAUACCUUGGAACCAUCCACGAUUAUGCCAUCCAAGCACUGCUGUAUUGUCUUGAAAGUCAGUUUGACAAGUUCAUCGUAGACCGGCCUGUGGUGUUGCAAUCGAUCUAUCAGCUACACAAUUCGCUAUCCGACCGCAAGGUACUCACGUGGGAUUUUUUCUUAAACCGCUUUGAUACGCUAUUUGUGGAGGCGCAAGUAAACCUGGAACGGGCGGGAGACAUUUCGUAUUUACGCGAUCUGCGAAACAGUGAAAAUGGGAGCGAGAUCCUUUCAAUGAAGAUAAACAAGGCCCGGGAAGCGUUGAGUCAGUCCGACACGACCGGAAGCAUGUCAAAAACGCUAAGCGCUUCCUUUGGUACUAAAUGGCCCUACAAGCGCACGAUGUCCGCGCCAGCAACAAUAAUACCGCGUCAGGAAUCAAAAAUCGAAAAAGAAAAAGUGUACAGCCGCCAAGUGUCUGCACCGAUUUUGAAGAGGAAAAGCUCUCGUUUUGGGCUAGAUGGACACGUUCAUUCGAUCAGCGGUCAGAAUGAAGAUUUUCACAUGGGAAGCCUGUAUCGAGUGAUCGAUCUAGAAGAAGCGGACAAGGAAACGAUCCACCUGCUUGUCUUCCUUCUGAUGCAGUUCAUGUCUCGGCCUGAUCUGGCUUAUCCCACGGAUGAGAAACCACUGUUCAAAAUUCAGUCCAUCGUGCUCCGGCACCUGUAUCUUCUUUUGGGCUACAAUCAGGGGGAAAAGUUCUUCCAUGUGUCGCCUGCCCGCCUGCGCUGCUCAUCCGUAUUCAAUGCAUUUAUGGCCAAUCUCCCGCAGGUGCUUGAUCAGAACCAUCAAAUGGGUUGGCUGCUACUGCCAACCGUUAUCCAGCUGCUGCUCUACGCUCCGAAUCAGGCAAACGGAGGCUUCCUGCCGCCAGGAACGGCUAGCGGAGCAGAUCAAAAUCACCACAAUAAUGUCGUAACGUACAAUUUUUCCAUCUGGUAUCUAGAGCCGCAUGUGCGACGGAACUGGCUGAUGUCGUUACUGGUCAUUUUGUACAAGUACCAGUAUAAUCAGGCUUCCAUGGCCGAUCAGGUGCAGAAUUUGAUUCGUCUUGUUAUCAAUUCGCUGGAUGCACAGUUUCACAAAUGUCGACGUAUUCCGACCACCAUCAUUAUGGAUUACUCUGCGACACGCUUACGCAAUCAAAGUCAACCUUCGCUCGGCGCCACCUCGGAGCUGGGAGAUGAAAAACGGACAACAAACGAUAGCAGCCCACCGUACAGCCCGCUGCAAACUGCGACACUUUCAAUGUAUGGAUGUGAGGAAUCGUCCAAAUGUCGCUCAUCCAGAGGUAAGAGUGCUGGUGGUAGCAAGGCACGCAAGCAUGCUGAGGUCGAUGGAGACGACACAGAAUCGGAGCUGGUCGUCAUACCGGAGAGCGAUGUGAGCGACAGCACAAUUCAGGAGAGCAGUGUUCAGGGAUCGCUAGAGGAUACGGCUAGCAAUGACGACGAUUCCAAUGUAUUAAAACUUGAUACGGCAGGAAAGAUGAAGGAAGGUCUCGCUAGUCUUAGUCGAACAAACUUGUCCAUAAUUUGCGGAGCUCCAAAAAUUGCCCCAGUGGCACAUACAUCGCUGCCGACAAAAUCGAAAAAAUCUCAGCAACCUACUUUGUCGCUUGAACAAACAGAUGCGGCAGGUAGCAGUAAUGCUAACAGUAAGGAUACCGAGGGAAAGGGUCCCACUGGUAAUAAGACGGAAAAACCGGAGAAAACAAGCAGCAAUAUUUUCCGUAUGCCGUCAGCCUUUCAAAUGAACUCUCAAAAAUGUUCCGUUCAGGAGGGCGUUCGUAUGAUGGUUACAUCAUCUAUGCUAGGCCAACCGAAAGCACAAGCAAUUUUAAAUCCCUUUGCUAAUGUGCAGAAAGCAAUCGUCGUUACACAAAGCACCACCAGCAGCGGUAGCAGUGUACCGAAUGGAGCAAAGGAUGUACCCUCAAAAACAAGCCAAUCGUGUGCUAAACAAGAUGAAUCUCUAGGUUGCAGGAAGACAACAAACACAACGAACACAAAGUUGGAUUCUGAACAAACGAGCCGGGCACCUGGUACAGAUCCUCACACAUUCAAGUUAUCUUGCGAACGAUCCAGUGCUACAUGUGUACAACCAACGGAUAUUAAUGAGCGCAACUCUCCGGUGUAUGAUCCUCUAGCAGAAGCCACUAAAACAUCAAGCUGCCCUGUUUCCGCUAUUCCCGCUGGAUUAGGUAAAAGCUACCUACAACAAAUACCAAUUCCAACGCCGGAACGAUUGCUACCAAUCGGGCAGUAUGCAACAGAGAGCGUAAGCACUAUUGUGGAAAGAGUACGGGAAGGAUUGGCGAUUCCAGAAGGAACGAGCUCCAAUGAAACCACUGAUGAUCGAUCCGAUAGUGCUGCCAGCUGUUGUCACACACGAGAUAUAUCGUCGUCAUCUCCAAGAAAGCUAACGAAGCAGAGUGCCCUAGAAUCUCCACCCCAGGCCCUGGAUAAUGAGAAUGGGCCUGCAGGAACUAGUAUUAGCAAUCCUUAUGCUUCGCACGGUUUGCCAGAAAGAGAAUUAAUGACAUCGGAUGGCAUUAAUAAAGAGAUCCAACCACCUCAGAAAUAUUCUAAAAGAACAAAAGUGUUUAGUGACGGUUCGAAGGACACACGUGUAAAGUAUGCUGGCUCCUGGGCUCCUGACACUAAGGAUGAUGGAUCAGAAAUUGAUGAUCCUGAGAGCUCAUCUUGUCCGGAAAAAUCAAGUAGCCUGCGGAUUGGUGAUGAGUGUAUCUGUCACCGCUGUACAGAGUGUGGAGCGGUGAAAGAGGAGUAUACAGAUGAAGAAAUGGGCAUAAUGUUAAUCGUGCUUGGUACCUUCAUCCACCGGGAACCUUCUCUAGGAGCACCGUUCUUACCGGAAAUACUAACUAUCGUCUCAAGAAUUUCUUUACACCCGACAUUUCCAUGGCGUUGUGAAAGCUUAACUCAUUUGCCAGGUGGUUCACAAUCAGUUGCACACCAGUUCAUUCGAUGUGUUCUGCAUCAGCUUGCUCCUAAUGGCGUAUUUUAUCAAGUUUUUUUAACCCAGAAAGAUGAAACAACUCGUAAGCGAUUCUAUCGAAGUGUGUCCAACAGUUUGAACGAUUUCUCCGAGCUGAACCCAACAAGCCCAAUACAAAUGCUUGCCGAAACGCUGAAUGCAAAGAAAACACUCCCAACGGAUCUAUUGCCCGUGAUCUUCCGCAAUCUAGCCGAGUAUUUACAGUGUGUUCCGAUUGACUGUAUAGCAGGCAGCGUAUGGUUACCAGUGAUACAAGCUCUGGACAGUUUGCUUCGUCGGGUUAUAUUGAUACUAGGUAGCAUCAGUGGUUCCGAGCAUCUGCUUGACAUAAUCGUAGCCGUACUAAAAGUACCCCAACUGUCUAAGAGCAUUUUGGAACCAUUUUCUAAAAUCAUAAGCUACGCCAUACAAAAUCUUCAAUUGACGCAGAGAGUACUCGUUGAAAUUUGCAGCUUGAGUGGACGAGCUUUUGCCAAAGAGCGUGAUAAGCUGUACCUUGGACGGCAAAUCGUUUUUGAUCUAGUGCAAGCACUCAAGUUCAAAAUCAAUGUACCGGAUAACAAUCUGCUGCUUUUGGUAGGAUUUUUACUACAAGACGCUGGUGGAAUUCUGCCAACAGGUAUUAUUGGAGACAUUUCUACCGGCGAAUCGUUUGUUCAUGCGAACUGCAAUAUUUCUGAAUGCAUGAGACAACCCUAUCUUAACGAUAUUCUAGAGUUCUUGGCCGAUUUUCAUACACUGAGUAAAAUUAAGAAUUUGAAAGCGUCAAGCACCACCCCUGGCUUGUGCGAAGACACAAUAGGUGGGGUACUAAAGGGUGCAAUCGCACAGUAUCUUGCACUUGAGAUGUCGCGUGGCAAUUCAAAGGAUAGCCGAACCGUUUCAAAAUAUCUACCAUGGUUGAAUAAUGCACCAUCAUCUUUACAACAAGGUCCAAAAGAAUUCACAGAGUGCGUUGGUCACAUGCGUUUGCUCUCCUGGCUACUGAUGGGUUCACUAACGCACACAGCAUUGAUCGUGCGCCGUAUAGGGGCUGGUACAACAGCACCGCAUCAAACUCACUUGCGGAACAGUGCCCUCAUUAUCCAACCCGUGCCACAAGAAGCCAGUUGUCAUAUUGCCGAUCAUGUGCAAGUAAUUUUUGCUGGAUUUGCAGAACAGUCAAAGACGUCCGUGCUACACAUGUCGUCAUUGUUUCAUGCUUUUACUUUGUGCCAAUUGUGGACGGUUUAUCUUGAGCAAGUGGCAAGUUUGGCAGCAAUUUCAUCGGAAGCAUAUAAUACCACUCUUAGUGUUCUAUUUGAAUUUUGGGCGAAAGUCACUCCAUGCAUCUUGCAACUAGUGUCGCACUCAAAGCUUUCAGAGAGCGUAAACCUUCAUUUCUUGGGUCUUCUGGAAUCGCUGAAGGAAACUAGAUCCACGAUACUGGCGAAAUUGCUGCCGCUUUGGACACCGGUACUUUCGUCUAACACGCAACUGUCCGGUACGCUGCACGUGCGCUUGCAAAACUGUCGCGAUGCCGUUCCUAAUAUUGAGGAACAGGAUUUCCACGCAUCGGAAGCUCUACUGAAAUGGCUACAGCGUCUUCAGUUCAAAAUGGGCCAAAUAGAACUGCAAUCAUCUACGGCCACUCAAUUCUAUUCCAUUUAAGGGCAUUUUGUUAGUUUGUUUGUAUUCAUCUCUUGCUUGCCUAAUGGUAGACUUAUGUUCCCACAUAAGCAAAUAGUCAGUUUAUGCGAUAUCCGUAUCCGGGAGGGAAUCGAUCCAUCUCCGUACUAAUAUAAUGUGUUUAUAAUUGUGUUGCCAAUUAAACCACUAAUAAUUCACGAAUGUGUCUAUAAUUUGAACAGGCCAGCUUGGAUAUGUUUGUUAUUUUUUCACUUCGAUAGAGUGCUACCAUUCUAAUGAUAUUCUACCGUAACAGUACGCAUUGCAGAUAUUACAAAAUGUUAAUCUUAAACUUAGACAGAAAUUUUGAAACGGAAAAGCGGUGUUGAAAAUAUACACAUUAGCAUGAAUGUCUAUGUCGCGUGAUUGGAAAAUUGGUAGUAAACCAAUGUCGAUAUUGUGCAACUUGCAAACGAUAUUAACAAAUAAAAAAUGUGCUGAUGAAAGUUUACAAAUGCUUACCAUUAAA